AUGAAGUUUCUUCACCGGUAUACCCGCUUGCGCUGGCGCAUCGCCCGGCCUCAAGCUAGGAGUCUCCUGCACUUCGAGGACCUGCAGGGAUCGAGUUGCAUACAUGUUGCUCUCCCAGCUGUUGGCGCCCACAGCUCGAUCACUUUUGAUUUUCUUGGUUCCCAGGCCUUCGUCCGAGUGGAUGCAAACUUCGGCCUGUCCUGCAGGUGUCUGGUGUUGAGUGGCGCUUCCCACAGCGGAGUCAUAUUCUUCGCGUGUGCAAUCAGAGCUGCUGAAUUCGAGCUUGCAGGCUGCUCCGACUUCCGAGGACAAUCGGCAAGCUCCGCACACAAAGAAACUUUCAGAGGCUCCUCGGGCAAAUCCGGCAAUAUGUUGGCGGCGGACGGGCUUUCUUCUCCCUGUCAUGAUGGGCAGAAGGCGGAAUCGCUUUGUGACCUCCUGAUUAUCGGAACACCGCACGGGGCUUAUGACAGGGCCUACGCAUUUCGUGGACAGGUUCAGGCCCUUGCAAAAGGAGCCGACACCGCAGAGGAGGCGGUGUCGAAGGUCCAGCAGGGCCUCAGCAAGCUGGACAAGCUGGGGAAGAAAGAGAAAGGUGCUGCUGCGACACUGUGGUUCCUUCGAGACAAGGUGCCACAGUUCGCCAACUUCUCAGAAAACAGGGAGGAGGCCGAGCUUGAAGCCCACUGCCAGUCGGGCAGAGUGCAGUACCGGGAAUGCCCAACCACGUGGGGGGUGUGGGAAUACCGUGACAACCACGACUUCGUCAAGGAGACCUCUGGAAGGAGGUCUCGGAACUGGUCCCGUGGCCAAGAGUUCCACCUCGAAGACGACGACGAGCAGGAAGAAGGCCUGGAAAACUUUUUCGCCUUGGACGUGGAGAAGCUUCUGGGCCUCACAGAGGGCAAAGGGAAAGGCAAAGGCCAGCAGCAGGAGGAAGGGCAGCUCGCCCUGCAGGACGGCUCGACAGCGGAGGAGAAGGACGACGACGUGCAAGCUUACUUGGGCAAGGCCAAGAAGGCAAGGGACCUGCUGUCUGCUGUCGCCUUGGCAAAGGCCAAGGCUUCGUCCUACUGCAGUGCCGCCUCGCAGAAGGAUGCCAAAAAAGCCUUGGCAGACCUGGACGGGCUGCAGAAGACGAAGGGGGUAGUGUCCUCGAAGAGAGCCUGCAAGAAGGAGGCGGUGGUGAGCCUCCUUCAGCAGGCGGCGGCCACGGUGAACCAGGCGAAAGACCUAGGGAAGGAACUCCUGGCGAUGGCUGCCAAAACACCCAGCAAGUCCUCGAAGCUGAAGUAA